AUGAACAAUCCAACAAAUCCACCUGUCUCAAAUCUAUCCAGUGCACUACGAAAUAUCAACAUACAAGAUAAUAAUAAUAUAAAUAGUAACAAUAAUGAUGGGAACCCCAAUAUAAAUAUAUUACGACAAAAUGCUCCAGGCCAAGUUGGUAAUGAUAUGCUAUUACAAAGACCUCCAACGAAUACAAAUCCUUCAAUAAUUGGAAAUGGAGAUCAAGGAUUUAAUGAACCAAUAGUUCAACAUGAUAUUCUUCCUUCUCAAAAUUCAGGUCAAAUAAAUCAGAAUUCGAAUGUUGAUAAUUCAAGACUUGUAAAUUUCUUUCAAAAUCAACCAGUCUCAGGAUAUACCUUAUUUUCACAUAGAUCUGCUCCAAAUGGUUUCAAAGUAGCCAUUAUUCUAAGUGAACUGAAUCUUUCAUAUAAUACAUUUUUCCUUGAUUUUAAUGCGGGAGAACAUAGAUCACCUGAAUUCAUCUCUAUUACCCCAAAUGCUCGUGUUCCUGCUUUGAUUGAUCAUGGCAUGGAUAAUUUAUCCGUUUGGGAAUCGGGUGCAAUUCUUUUACAUUUAGUAAAUAGAUACUAUAAAGCUACUGGCGAUGCAAAACUUUGGUCUAGUGACUUAGCAGAACAAGCUCAAAUCAAUGGAUGGUUAUUUUUCCAAGCUACAGGUCAUGCACCAAUGAUUGGGCAAGCAUUACAUUUCAGAUACUUCCAUUCUGAAAAAUUACCAAGUGCAUUAGACAGAUACACUGCUGAAGUAAGAAGAGUUUAUGCUGUGAUUGAAAUGGCUUUGGCUGAAAAAAGAGAGAGUUUAAUUAUGGAAUUAGAUAUUGAUAAUGCAGCAUCAUAUUCUGCUGGUACAACUCCAUUAUCACAAAGUAGAUUUUUUGAUUAUCCGAUAUGGCUUGUUUGUGAUAGAAUUACUAUAGCAGAUCUAUCGUUCGUUCCAUGGAAUAAUGUUGUGGAUCGUAUUGGUAUCAAUAUUAAAUUGGAAUAUCCUGAAGUGUACAAAUGGACUAAACACAUGAUGAGAAGACCUGCUGUGAUCAAAGCAUUACGUUGUGAAUAA